CGCGACUGGAAGCAUGAGCGAUCAAAGUAGCCCGGAACUCGCAGUCGAGAGCGAGGCGCAAUUCUGGACCGAACUCGACGAUAUUAUCUCGCCAGACCUCACCACCUCGACCGCCUCUCUGGCGACUUCCGACGUCACCGCAGAGUCGCCGACGGGCUCGUUGUCCAGCUCUAUCUUCGAGGAUCACGGGCACAUCGACGAUGCAUUGAGACGAUACCUCGCCUUCGCCAGUCGACACCUGCGCGACUACCUGCCGAGUGAAUACGACGUGGCACGAUGCUGCUGGAAGCUGUUGGAUGCGGAGCUGUUCAAGAGGAAUGGAGCCUACGUGCGCCGGCAGAUCCUAUACUGCUUGCUGCAGGAGGAAGACACGAGCACCUUGCAUCUGGCGGCGGCUGUGUUGCUCUUCGAUGGGCGCGCCAACGAGUCUACCUUUGAGCUGAUGCAAGCGGAGGGCACCUUUCAGCGCUUGCUGGACCUGAUUCGCGAGAAGCGAGACGACGACGAUGUCGGGCUACACCGGCUGUUAUUGGAACUGCUUUUCGAGAUGAGCAGGAUACAGAAGCUAUCGCGCGAUGAUCUUACGGCAGUGGACGACGCCUUCAUUCUCCAUCUCUUCCAGCUGAUUGAAGAGCUCUCGUCAGACGCGAACGAUCCAUAUCAUUACCCUAUUAUACGAGUACUGCUAGCCCUCAACGAGCAGUACAUGUGCCAGGCAAAUGCGCCUAAAUCCCCAGGGUCCGCAGACAUCGGCGUGACGAACCGUAUCCUCAAGCUGCUGAGCUUCCAUGGACCUUCGUAUCGCACGUUUGGCGAGAAUUUAAUCCUACUUCUGAACCGGGAGACGGAACUCGGCCCUCAACUACUAAUCCUCAAGCUAUUAUACUUACUCUUCACAACGCCUAGCACGUACGAGUACUUCUACACAAAUGAUCUCAAUGUGUUGGUCGAUGUGAUUAUUCGCAAUCUCCUAGACCUAGACGAGAGCCACGACUCCGAUUUAGCGCCUGAUCGUGAUGGCCAGCGCGCACUGCGGCAUACAUACCUCCGAGUACUAUGUCCAUUACUGAAGAAUUCCCAACUUGCGCACGAGGGACAAAACUACAAGCGCCUGGAGGUUAGACGUUUGCUCUACCUUCUUAUUGAUCGCACGAGUGCGCAUUUUGCACCCGUUGAUGAGACUGUGAUAAGGCUGGUGAUUCGGAUCAAGCAGAUCGAUUGGAUACGAGAAGAGGGAGACGAAAUGGAAGCCGCAAUUGAGGAAAAACUAGCUGCAGUCAGUGUUGCUUAUGGAGUCACCGCGCAGAACGGCAGCAGUAGCGGCAAUAGCGGUGAUGAAGUCGUGGCGAAGAAGUUGUUGGGUAUGAGUUUGUCGGAGGCUGGCGAGAGUUCGCUGAGCGUCUCAGUAUCAGACGUCACUGCGAAAGUGGUCAAGGCCAAGCCUAGUGUCCCUAUCCCGAGACGUAUGCGCAAGACUAGCAAGGUCGCAGCGAACGGAGGACCUGGUGGAAGCCCUGCAACUACUCAGGCAGCAGUUGUGAAGGAUGGGCUUGAGGAAAGGCUUUUGGAAGUCUCGCACGCUCCUCGAGAUACUACCCAAGCUGUCAUGAUCGAACCAGAGACGCAAAGAAGGCCAAAGCUGCCGCCCGCGCCACCCAAGUCGAAAUACGGACGGAAGGUGAUUGCAGAUACACUGAAGCCGAACGCUGCCAGUGUCCAGAUUCCAAUGAGAAAUGAUUCCAGGAGUCCAUUUGCUGAUGAAAAUGCUGCCACUUGAAAUGUCUUACAAAUCGGCAGCUCGGGUAGAUGGCCUUUGGAUAUGGCCGAACUGCUUGCAAGCACACUUGAAGCGAUCCAGCCACGUUGACAAGCUUGACUACACCCGCCAAAUAUCAGGUCUGGGCUCCACAAUUCACGGGGUCAGGACGAGGUUGGUCAGUCCAUCGAACAGAGCUGGACACCCCAGCCGGACAAGGACAGCGCAAACUUGCAACUCAUCGCAACAGAUGAAAACUGGACAGCUUGUACCAUCAAAUUCGGCUGUGCGUUUAUCUUGUGCUGUGCCACAACAUUCGAGCUUAUAUCCGUGUCGUACGGCACUUGCGUUGGUAUGCACUAGGCCGCAUCCGUGGGCGUUACCUUGCACAAGCCACUAGCCUACUUGUUGUGCUCUUUGCGCCACUCUCUAGACAUUUGUGACGGUGGCAGCCAUGAAGAAGCCGUCUGCCGCAUGUAAAGGAAUGAUGGCACACUUGUAGCUAUUCUGCUCACGCGGCUUACGGCGUGGGCCCAUAUGGGGCAGAAUGCUUCUCAAGGGCAAUCACAACGUGAAUGCUGUCAUGUCCAUGCUUCGAAAGUCCUCAAUUAGCAGACUUGGCCAUAUGGGACACUGGAAUCGGGCAUAUGGGCCCGACCGGACAGAGGCACAAUGCUGUGUCACAACUUCCAAGUAUGACGGGGGACUCACCCUGGUGGCUGGAAUAUGCUUCGCUUCAGCCUUACUGUACAUCAGGCAUCAAAUGCUGCGAAUUCAGGCAUGCAAAGCGUAUGAUCAGACAGUAGAAGCCUGGUUAUCUCAGCCGGCGAUACCGUAGCGGUUCAAUGGGCACAUGCGCUAUUCUCGAGCAUUCUCACUUCUCGGUGUUCUUCAGUGUCCAGGAAUUAGACCAACACCCGCUUCGGCUUCCAGUGGUACGAUGAUGAUCAGUACCGGGCAGAUGUACUCAACCGACACUGGCAUUCACUCAGACGGAGGAUUCAUUCCCCACUGCUAUCAGCCGGCCUUGUGGUGCGCACCACAGCAUUACGAUGCUGGGGCCAUGUAUCGUUCCAUGGAUGUACAUUAUGAGCAGGCUGCCGAGCUGCACAGAUGACCUCUCUGGCCAGUAUAUCUCUUUCUCAGGUCGCACA